AGAACAAUAAAAGUUCGUAGAUAUUUUGACGAGGAAGCAAGAGAUGAACCCAUCGUUGACCCAGACGGCUACAUCGCAACUAGAAGAACGGUUCAAAGGUCAGACCUUCGUUGCCAAGACAUUCCAAAAGUGCAUAUUGAAGAUGACAGCUAG